GGCCCGGCCCGCGACAGCGGCGAAGGGUCUCGCUGCCCGCAGUUGCCUAGCUGCUGGGGCCGUGGAGAGAUGUUGUAGUGGGGCCUGCGGUGGAGCGGCGGGGCGCGGGCGGGAGCGAAGCGGCUAGCGAGGGCCGACGCCACCUGACGGGUUUUGGUGCUGCGGCAGCACGCUGAGGGGGCGUCGCCGUCGCCGGCCCCCGGCGCCGCCGCGGGAGGCCGCACCCGCCAUGGCGGCCCGGGCGGUGCUGGAUGAGUUCACGGCGCCCGCCGAGAAGGCGGCGCUGCUGGAGCAGAGCAGCGACCGCAUCGAGGGCCUGUUCGGUGUGAGCCUGGCAGUACUUGGUGCUCUCGGCACCGAGGAACCGCUGCCGGCGCGCAUCUGGUUGCAGCUUCGCGGGGCGCAGGAGGCGGUGCACAGCGCCAAGGAAUAUAUUAAAGGGAUCUGUGAACCUGAACUAGAAGAAAGAGAAUGUUACCCUAAAGCCAUGCACUGCAUUUUUGUUGGGGCACAGGGCCUCUUCCUGAAGAGCUUGAUUCAGGAUACCUGUGCUGACCUCUGUGUUCUGGACAUUGGUCUUCUUGGCAUUAGAGGGAGUGCCGAGGCUGUGGUCAUGGCUCGGAGUCACGUUCAGCAGUUUGUAAAGCUCUUUGAGAAUAAUGAGAACCUACCCAGCACUCAGAAAGACUCAGAGGUGAAAAGGGAGUUUAAACAAUUUGUUGAAGCCCGAGCAGACAAUUAUACCAUGGAUUUGUUGAUUUUGCCCACUUCCUUGAAAAAAGAACUUUUGACUCUGACACAAGGUGAGGAGAAUCUAUUUGAAGCAGGAGAUGAUGAUGUUGCUGAGGUUAGAGAUUCUAAACAAACAGAGGUUACACAGAAUGCUGCCACAGGGCUGAAUAUUUCCAGAGAUGAAAUUGUUUUGCAGGAAGAUGCAAGAAAUAAAGCUGGCACCCCUGUUUCUGAGCUUACAAAACAAAUGGACACAGUCUUUUCUAGUUCACCAGAUGUACUUUUUGUUCCGGUAAAUGGCCUGCCCCCAGAUGAAGAGGCACUUUCCAAAGAGAGAAUUUGCCACAAAAGGAGAUCUUCUGAUUCUGAAGAAAGACAUACCAAGAAGCAGUUUUCUCUGGAAAAUGUUCAGGAGGAGGAGCUUGUACGUGAUGGUAAGACUUCAGCUGGAAGUGUGAUCAUUGACCUAUCCAGUUCUCUUGAUUGUGAACAUUUAAGUCCAGAUACAAAAGACACUACAGAGGAAAUGGAAUACAACAUCCUUGUAAACUUUUUUAAAACCAUGGGCUAUUCCCAAGAAAUUGUUGAAAAGGUCAUUAGGGAGUUUGGGCCAUCCACUGAACCAUUAUUGCUCUUAGAGGAAAUUGAAAAAGAAAAUAAAAGGUUCCAAGAAGACAGGGGAUGUUCCUCUGGUACUGCAUAUCCAGAGCUCAACAAAACCAAAAAUAAAAGUGUUUGUAGCAGCAUAAAUGAGGUCACAGUGGAUUCCACUCCAAAGAAAACACAAACUCACACACAGCAGAAUGUGGUAGAAAAAUGUCCUCAGUUACCAUUCAAAGUAGAAUCAAAACCAUGUACCUCAAAUUGCAAAAUUAAUACUUUCAGAACAGUGCCAACAGAACAGAAACAAGAAAUCUGGGCUUCAAACCAGAACUAUAUUUGUAAUGUAGACCUUGAAACCGAUGGCCCUUCAUCUUCUGUUCUCCCUUCAAGCCCCAAAGAAGUCAGUUUUGUUUCAAGAGGAGCAUCAAGUCGUCAGCCCAGGAUUCCAGUUUUUCCAGAAAACGGUUUACAGCACCAAGCAGAACCCUUGCCUCCGAGUAAUAUGAAAUCCCCCUGUGAAAGCCGUUCAGGAUGUGGUAGCUCUCCCCAGUCUAAGCCAAAUUGUCCACCCCUCUCUCCACCCAGGCGGCUGCCUCAGCUGCCACCGUCAGUCACUGAUGCAAGGCUGACAGGGCCAUCUGAUCAUAUGGAUUCCUCAGUUACGGGGGUUCAAAGGUUCCGAGAUACUCUAAAAGUACCGUACAAGCUGGAAUUAAAAAACGAACCUGGGAGGACAGAUUUGAAGCACAUUGUUAUAGACGGCAGUAAUGUUGCAAUUACCCAUGGUUUGAAAAAGUUCUUUUCAUGUCGUGGAAUUGCAAUUGCAGUUGAAUAUUUUUGGAAGCUUGGCAACAGAAACAUCACUGUGUUUGUUCCUCAGUGGAGAACAAGGCGUGAUCCUAACGUCACAGAACAACACUUCUUAAACCAGCUCCAGGAGCUCGGAAUAUUAUCUUUAACUCCUGCACGGAUGGUCUUUGGUGAAAGAAUUGCUUCUCAUGAUGACAGGUUUCUUCUACACUUAGCAGACAAAACUGGUGGCAUAAUUGUAACAAAUGAUAACUUCAGAGAAUUUGUGACCGAGUCAGUCUCUUGGAGAGAAAUUAUUACAAAAAGGUUGCUUCAGUAUACUUUUGUGGGGGACAUAUUUAUGGUUCCUGAUGAUCCCCUGGGAAGAAGUGGACCUCGGUUAGAAGAAUUUCUUCGGAAGGAAGUCUUCCUUAGAGAUAUGCAGCCCCUACUCAAUGCCCUGCCUAAUGUGGGCGUGUUUGACCCCAGCUUCCGAGUCCCUGGUGCCCAGGCAGCCAGCACCAGCCACCAGCCUCCAGCCCGGAUUCAGGGAGUCCCUCCAAGCCACUGGCUUCCCCAGCAGCCCCACUUCUCACUCCUUCCCAAUGUCCAGCAAAAUCUGCCCAUGCCAGCCCAGAGGUCUUGUGCAGAAACCAGUGAGCUAAGGGAAGCCCUUUUGAAAAUCUUCCCUGACUCGGAGCAAAGACUGAAAAUUGACCAGAUUUUGGUGGCCCACCCAUACAUGAAAGAUCUGAAUGCGCUCUCUGCCUUGGUGUUGGAUUGAAGAUGGUGUUGGACUGAAGAUGGUGUUGGGAAGCUGGAGCUCAGGGCUGACUCGGUGGAACUUGAGCUGAUGUCCGUACCGGAUGGGAAGUCAUAUAAUGUGAAGAUACCUGUUUCCCAGUGUAAAUGCUGUUGAAUUGUAUAGAAAAAACAAAAACAAAUCAUGUUUUGUGUAUAAAAGAACCUGAGGUUUCAAAACCAGCUGUUUUCUAUAUAUAAAUUAUGCUGCUGUUACAGAUUUACCAUUUUCUGUAAAAGGAAAGUCUACAUUUUCUGCCUGUUCAGAAUUGUUUAAUAGCAGUUUACUCUCGAGUGCAUUUGCAUUUUUAUGUUUUUUAAACUAUUUUCCUUAAAGCUGAAAAUAUUGACAAAAUGGAUAUGAUUAGCCUUUCUAAAUAAAUUUUAAAAAAGAAGAAAAAAAAUAAUUGCUUUCUUCAGGAAA